AGUAAUUAAUGACUUAAAUUUCAUUUUUGGGUGAACUAACCCUUUAAAUCUCACAUGGUAUUAUUAUUGUAUCAUGCUAUCAAAUGUCUUACCCGUUGCUGAUUCUAAUUACGCCAUUAAAAACCCUUGAGUAUCUUUUUCUGUGAUGUGUCACAAACAUUUCCAGAAUAUUGUAAGGAGGUUUUUAUGUGACAACUUAAUGAUAUGUUUUUAAUGGUUCUAUUGUGGUUAGGUUAUAUUAGUUUUAUUUUCAUAAGAGAGUUUACAGAAUGUUAGAGAAAGGUUUUGGCUAGACGAAAAUGACUAAAAUAAGUACAACACUGUUCUAGAUGUAUCGAAAUGUGCAAAAUGAAGAUGUAUUGAGUUUGGGGCCUUUUUAGAUGAUUCAAGAGUUUUUAUAUAUACUGAAUCUUAUUUUCAUGCCUGGGGUCUAUGGUAUUUAAAGGUUCCAUAAUAUUUCUCUGGACUAGUGUUAUCUGCCUUUAUUCUGGUUUGCAUUUUAACUGUCUGGUCAAUAAUAUUCCCGGUACUUUCCAGGUGCUUUCCAGGUAGUACUUUACAGGUAGGUCUAUCUAUCCAGGAACAAAUAUUCCACUAUCUCCCUGAAAUAUCCAAUAUGUCCUUUUUGUGACUUUCUUGCUUUUCUUUGGUCACAUUAUCAGUCAUGCUCUUCAUUAUCACGGUUACACCAACACCACUCAAAUUUAAUUUAUUACCUAUAGCCUAUUUGACUGUUUUUAGAAUUACCUGUCUUUAUUCUGGUUUGCAUUUUAGCUGUCUGUAUGUAUAACUUUUAAAUAAUGUAUGGGCAGGCUUAAUAUCACAGCUAUAUAUAGGCUACUCAGCAUCAUGUUUGAUCAUCCUUGGUACCCAGCCGAAGAUUCACUUUGAGACUGAAAAAAAGUAAGAAUUGGCAGGAUGGCAGUUUAUCAGCAACAGCCUUUUUGCAAACCAAAAAUGCCAUUCACUGGUCCACUCCUGGGGGGCUUGCAGGAAGGGAAGACCGUUGUCGUAAUUGGAAGGAUUUUGGCAACGGCUGGCAGAUUUCAUGUGAACCUUCAGUGUGGUUCUGAAUCCAAUGCUGACAUUGCUCUGCACUUUAACCCACGCUAUGAUGGCCUAGCAACUGUCGUGUUGAACACUUUGCAGAACUCUAACUGGGGUUCAGAAGAACGCAAGUCAGACUCUUUCUUACUCCAGAAUCAACCAUUCAUCCUCCAGAUCCUUGUUACCAAGGAGACAUACAAGAUAAGUGUCAACGGGAAAUACUUCAUGGACUAUAAACACCGUAUUCCCUUCACUCGGGUGGACACAAUCGUAGUGGAGAAAUUGAUGGAUCUGGAUUUCAUUGGCUACCAGAAUCCUGUGGGGGUUCCAUACAAAGCCGUGAUCAACGGUGGACUACAGCCUGAAAACGACAUUGUCGUUUAUGGAGUUCCUAACCCUGACUCUAAAAUGAUGGAGUUCAAUCUCCGUCAUAGAUAUGGGGUUGCAUUUCACUACAAAUCCCUUUUUGAGGAGAACGUGGUUGUCUGCAAUACCUUUGAAAAUGGGAAGUGGGGGGCAGAAGAAAGGUCUGGAGCUUUGCCUUUUAAAAAAGAUCAACUCUUUCAGGUCACCAUCUCCUGCAAUAAAGAGCAGUUCACUGUGUGGGUGAAUGGCCAGCAAGCACACACUUACAAGCAUCGCUAUGCUAAACUGGAGGACAUUGAUGUCUUUGAAUUUUAUGGAGACAUGCAACUGUUUUUUGUGAAAAUCUAACAAGGAUCCAGGUUUAUUGGAAGUGCUUAUUUACAACUUCCCCUAAUGCGUUAAAAAUAUUCAGUGCUGGUGUCGUAGAAAUUUUAAUAGAUAAGAUUAAUUCUAUCAUGUGAUAAAAUCUAUCAUACUUCCACUUCUUUGUCUCAAGGUGACUAAACUUUGCAUUCUAGAUCUAACAAUAAAACAAAAUAAAUCUUAGUUCCUUUUAUGUAGCCAUGAGACGAACUUUCAAUGUGAAUUAACCAUCUAACAAACUUUUGACUUAAUGUACCCUUGGUCAAUGUUGAAAAUUUCUGUUCUUUUAAGGGAUUGACUGAAAUGUUAACCCCUUACAAACUGUUUUUGAGGAUAUUUUGCUGAUGUCACUAACAAAGGAUGAUGAGGGGAUGGGGCUUGCUUUAAACAAUGUAACCAAUAAUAUUGAUAGAGUGUAACAUGAUCAGUCAUAAUGAAAUAAAUAGUCACGAUGAUUCUAUUUUUAUGUGUCUGAUAAAACACUGUACUUCUUAUUUGAAGUUGAGAUUCUCUGAGGAUUACUCCAGAACUCCCAGCUGAAAUAAAGAGCAUAUCUGA